CUCCACUUUGGAUUUGAAAUCAGCAAUAUAACCAUGACAGAGAAGCUUGAACUCAGGAAUGGCACCCACCUGUUAAUACAAGACUCUAUAAACUCAUUGCUGGGCAAGAUCCUUCUCAGUAACUCAUCAGCGCCUAUCAUUAAGUUCCAACCAGCUGAUUUCACGGGUAAUUCCACAGUAAUUAAGGCCAAUGUAGAGUAUGUUUUCUCACCAAGUGACAUCACGCAACCCAGCAUCUUUGUUCAGGAACUUCUCCAACUUAAUGAAGCGAGCACUCUGACAAGCACAACUUCACCACCGAUCUUGACUAGGAGGGCAAUUAUUAAGAUUCGUCUGGAGUUUAUCACACUGGGCCCAAGACCAAGUGAGAGUAAUGUUCUACAGGUGGUUAAAUCUAUGCUGGCCACAAAUCUCACAACUAAACUAACCACGAGAGUAACAAGCGUGAGCGAACCUGUGACCUUGAAUAAUGUUGUGUGUAUCGGAAUUAAUGACACCGCCUACGCACUGAUUUUUGCAUUCGAAAUGAACAAAGUAUUACUGACAGAGAUACAAAGGCAAGAAGCCUACAAAGAAAUCCAAAACAAGAUAAAUGAUUUGGUGAAGCAGAUACUAAAGGACCCCUCGGUUAAUCUGCUCAUUCCAGCCGAUUUCAAGGAUGAUCUCCUUGUGAUCGAGGCCAAUGUUACGUAUGUUUUCUCAGAACGUAACAGCAACACGGGCUCCGGUUUCUUGGUCAGUGCCCUUUUCAAGGCUUUUACCACACCAGCUCCAACCACCAUGAACACUACAAUCUCAAACAACAGUACUAAUGCAGCAUGGAUUGUGGCUAUCAUUGUCCCCUGUGCUAUUGUCAUCGGGCUCGUACCUUGCUGGAUUCUCCUUUGCUGUUUGCUGUGUGGUUGCUGUGCAGCAAUCAGAAGACGUUGGCACAGAAGACAGUCGUACAAUGUGCAGUACACCACUCGAAACAGUCUCUUCUAAAGAGUUCCGAGAUAUUUGACAAAAACAGGACUGAAAACCAAUGAGAACAUAAAAAUCAUGGAUUUUGGAUGCUAUCAAUACUGCUUCUUUUGUAGUAUUGAAAGUACUAUGUUAAUGCUUCUUUAUAAACUAUUUAUUUUAUUAUCCUAGACAAACAGGUCCUCCAUAAAAUAUUCCUUAAUGUGACAUUUUAAUACGUCCUAUAGUCUAUAAUGAAAUUGUAUUAUUGUUAUUUAUUUGUAUUUAUUUGUAAUAUUCUGUUUAUGUUUACAGUUAAUCUUUUGCAAAUCAUUAGUCUGCUUGACAUUACACAUUUUAAUUUAAAGGGACAAAAGGUAGAACAUUAGCUAUUAUUUAUUCAUACUCCAUGCACUUUAACUUUAUAAAUGUAAAGCAAGCUUGUGAUGUAAAGGAAAUGCAAAAAAGCUCAUUUAUGUAAGUCAUUGGCAUGAACAUGUUAAACUGAAAAAUAAAUAAGAAAAAAAAAACUGUAAUAAAAAUACUAGAUCAAUAAAGAAUACUGAAAAAUA